GCCCCGGCCCGCCAGUGUCAGUAACGCUGCGAUAGUCCGCGAGUGAGUAAGUGAGUGGGAGAUACUUUCACUGCAUGUGCGAGAACUACUCACGAUAAACUAAUGAUUUCAAGAAGUGCCGUGUGGGGUCUGCUGCUAUGCUGGUGUGGACUGGUCCAGGUAGGACAUCCCAUCCAGUACACCCCUGGGGCUGGGGACUGCGCCCUCCUCCUCGGCAACGACCGCAGCUCACUGUACGACUACGGCACCAACCUCCUCAGAGGCACUCUUGACUAUGAGGGAAUGCCGCCGUGUAUAACGUACGACGCCAUCAAUCAGGCUUACAUUGAGGCCAGGAAAAGAAUACAUGUUCAAGUUCCCCCAGUGGAACGUAUGUGGAGCACGGACGAGAUUGCCAAAGUCGGUGAACUUUUGCUGGACAUCACAGCACAGCUCACCAAAACGUAUGGUCUGAGUUUGGAGGAGAUAGAGACAGGACUGCCACAGAUUGACACAUCUAAGACCCUGAUACAGGAGGUCUGCCCUCCCUACCCAUCUAACAUGUAGUAGUGUAAUCAUGAUCUUUGCCUCUAGGUAUGGUCUGAGUUUGGAGGAGAUAGAGACAGGACUGCCACAGAUUGACACA